UUGAUUAAUUAGAUAGCAAAACAAAGUUCCAAGAGAUGACCAUAGCAGGAACACUAGUUCAAGAAGUUGAUAUCAAAUGUCAUGGCAACUUGCUCCAUGAUACUUUCAAGCACAAACUACACGAGUGCGUAAUCAUGUCCCCUGAUAAGGUUAAACAUUGCGAUUUAGUUACUGGUCAAUGGGGUGCUCCCGGAUCCGUCAUUUCUUCAGACUACAUGUAUGACGGAAAAGUGAUUACCGCGAAAGAGGUAAUCGAAGCAGUUGAUGACGAGAACCAUAAAAUUGUGUUCAAGGUGAUUGAAGGAGAAGUUUUGAAAGAUUAUAAUGCCUUCACUUCGACUCAUCAUGUUGAAGAUAGGGGCGGGAAGCGGUUGGUUACCUGGACAGUGGAUUUCGAGAAGUUGAAUCCAAGCGUACCUGAUCCAAGUCCAUAUAUGGAAUGGCUUUCUUCUUUCACCAAAGAUAUGGAUGCUUAUAUCCUUAAGUUGGCAUGAUUUAUAUAUGACAGAAGGAAGGGAUGUGAUCUUGUGAUAUGUACAAUAAAAAGCCGCCUGUGCUGAAUAUUGGCUGCUCCUUGAUUAAGCUGUAUUCCUGUUAUUAAUUUGCAUUAUGUCAUUGGUGUGUUUGUUCAAA